AUGGCCGCUUCAUUUCCAGCGUCCUACUAUUCACCCGACAGCAUCCUCACCGAUGCGCAGAAAGUCCCAUGCACGAUGAACCUCGCGCUACCCACUACGCAUCUGCCCGCUCUGAACCAUGGCGCUGCUGUAACGGCAGGCCUCAAACUUGACCUUCCACUAUGGCUCGCCGAGAUGCUUGCGGUCACGAAACCGGGCCAAGGCCGCGGCGGAAUGGUAGACGACGAAGCUGCAUCUCUGGCGUCAAUUGACAUGCCGACUGCGCUUGGUCAUCGCGUGCUGAACGCAUUGCGAGCAGAGCCUCGGAGUGUGGAUAUCCGAGCGCAAGCGGGCUGGUUCUACGGACUCGGCGAGCGUAUGCUGGAGCUGUUCGAGGAGGAAGAGUUGAUCGAGGUUCUUGAAGAUUCAUUCAAGAUUCGAGCCUUCGAAAUCGCCGACAAGGCACAGAAUACUCGCGCAGUCCAACACGGUGCUGACGGCAACGAAUUCACCAAUGGCCUUGACGAGACCGAACGCCGGCUAUUCCGCGCUGCUCAUGACGGCACAAGCUCGGUCAAGAGGUGGUUCGAGCAUACAAGCAAAUCUUGA